CUUCAAUGUAAACAAAACCAUGCAUGUGUAACUGUUUGUCAUUUGAAAGUGGUUUUCGUGGUUGCAAAGGCAAGGGACGCAAACUGCCACCGCAAUUCAAGAACGACCGAUUGCAGUAGCAAGUCCGAAUGUUAAGAAUGGCCAACAUACUGAGACCCUGGUUGAUCCUCGUAGCCCUCCUCAUGUGCGUGCUGGUUAGUCUGGGCACCUUCGCAGAUGCCUACCCGCCCAAGCCUGUGAGCCCGGACAACAACGCGCCUCCGGAGGAAUGGGCCAGAUACAACACGGCGCUGCGACACUACAUAAACCUCAUUACAAGACAGAGGUAUGGGAAGAGGUCUUCCCCUGAGUCAGCUAUGGCGUGGUUGCUGUUUGGAGACGAGUCAGAAGGCGACUUAACAACACGUUCAGAUGGCAGUGAUCUAUGGUAAAUAUCGUACCUCUGGUGUGCUGCUCUGCUGUUCCACUUAAAUGGUGGGCCUGACAACAACUCAAACAGGCUGCUCAACUGGAAGCCUUCACUGGACUGUGCGGCCCACUACUUCUGUCCGACACACAUCUCUCAUCCUGUAAAUAAUGUGUUAUUAAAUAAUGAAUAAUAAAGAAAUUAAUGUGUAAUAAUA